GCUUUACAUAUUUAAUGAGAUUGUCUUUAUUGAAAACUAACUGAAAGCAAAAAAAAAAAAAAAAAAAAUCAGGGCCGAGAGACAGCGCAAGGUUCUUAUCUUACAUAAGCCAUGGCUCCUAUUGGAAUUGCCUUAAUUGGUGGCGGCAUCUUUAUCAAGCAGGCACAUAUUCCUGCCGUCUUGGCUACACCAUCUCUCGAGGUCAAGGCAGUUUACUCGCGAUCGCUCAAGUCGGCCAAGGAGUCGGCGGCACUUCUCCCCAACGGAGGCGAGGGAGUUGAUCUGUACUCGAGUGAGGAGGGCGGCGGCGGCUAUGCAGACGUGCUGAAGCGCGACGACGUCUCGGGAGUCAUCAUCGCCCUCCCCAUAGCCAACCAGCCAGAGUACAUCAAGGCGGCGCUGGACGCGGGCAAGCACGUGCUGGCGGAGAAGCCCGUCGCGCCAAACGUUUCCCAGGGCAGGGAGCUCAUCGAGUACUACCACUCGAUUAAGGCCAGGACGGGUGCGACGUGGUCGUGCGCCGAGCAGAUGCGCUGCAUGCCAAACUACAUUUUUGGAGCUGCCGAGGCGAGAAAGUUGGGCAAAAUCACUGGGUUUCGCGCUAUUGUCGAGUUUAUGACCAAGGAGGACAACCCGUACUACAACACGGAGUGGCGCAAAAACCCAACCCACGAUUACGGCUUCAUCCUGGACGGGGGAGUGCACUGGGCAGCAUCACUACGCAUGCUCCUAGGCGACGACGUGGCCGAGACGGUCAGCGGAUUCAGCCACACGGCAUCGGCGUACCUGCCUUCACCUGACACACUGCAAGGAAUCGUGCGGACGAAAUCCGGAGCGUCGGGUGCCUUUCUCGUGUCAUGCGGCUCGACCCUCCCGGCCAAGUCUGAGUUCAGCGUGGCAUGCGAAAGGGGCAGCGUCACGGUCAGCAGGGAUAACAUUACUGUUUCCAGGACCGAUGGCAGCGAGCCGCAGGUUACCAUCAAGAACUCGGCCGAGGGUGUCAAGUACGAGGUCCAGGCUUGGGCGGCUGCGUUGGAGGCUGGGAAGCCUGAUCCGAGAUUGGCUCCCGAGGAAGGACUGGCUGACGCCGAGUUUCUGCUGGGUAUGCUCAAGAGUGCAGAUGCUGGUGGUGUUCCGCAGAAUUUGAGUCUGCAGCAUGUUUAAUCUCGGCAAGUUGGCAGUGAACGAUUAUACACGACUGACUGAGAAUGCUGUUGGAUCGAAAAACACAAUUGACAGCUUGUUGGUUAUGAAGGGAUGGUUCAGGACGAAGGAAAGCAGUGAACAGUUCAUAAUACAUACAACUUGGAGCCUAUAAUUUACUCUUGACUGGCAAAACUUGCUUCGCGUCCUGGACCAUGAUCCUCUCAAGACCCUUUCGC